AAAAAACACUAACGAACAGUUCUGAUUUGAGAUUCGAAGAUUACUCAUGGAGGUUAAAGACAAGGUCAAACUCGUAAUCACCGUUGCCUCUCUUGUGGCGGUGACGGUUCUCUUCGUGUCGGAGUAUCGGCGGCGGAGGAGUAGAAAGCAGACAUCUUCUCCGAGCUCGUGUUAUCUGCAUUCCGACAAGAAGCCUCAGUUCGGUUUCAAACGCGUCCUUGCGGACAACUCUUACUCUGGAUUCAAACACUUGAAGAAGGCCUCGUCUUCCUCCACAGACAAACCUUCAAACUGUCAUCCAUAUGAAAGUGAGAUCACUGUCUUGUUAGAGAAUCCUGGUCUUGAUGAGUUUGAGUUCUUGAGAGGAGAGUAUUCGCUGGAGAUGAGUGAUUCAUAUGUGUGGGUUGAGAGUGAGUUUGAGUUGAAGAAGCUUGCCGAAACAUUGGCUGAAGUAAAAGUUUUUGGAGUUGAUACUGAGCAGCAUAGCUUGAGAUCGUUUCUUGGUUUCACUGCUCUGAUUCAGAUUUCUACGCAAGAGGAGGAUUUUUUGGUGGACACGAUUGCGUUACAUGAUGCGAUGAGUAUUCUUCGUCCUGUUUUCUCCAAUCCUGAUAUUUGUAAGGUGUUUCAUGGGGCGGACAAUGAUGUUCUCUGGCUUCAAAGAGACUUCCAUAUAUAUGUUGUUAAUAUGUUUGAUACUGCCAAGGCAUGUGAGGUGUUGGCAAAGCCUCAAAGGUCACUGGCGUACUUACUUGAGUCAGUUUGCGGAGUUGCUACUAACAAAUUGCUUCAACGUGAAGACUGGAGACAGCGUCCUCUGUCCGAAGAGAUGGUGCGGUAUGCCAGAACAGAUGCACACUAUCUACUCUAUAUCGCCGAUAGUAUGACUGCUGAGCUCAGACAACGAGGCAUUGAUUCAUCUAGCCCCGAUGAUAAAUUCAGUUUUCUUCUCGAGGCUAGUAGACGGUCAAACAUGAUAUGCUUACAACUAUACACCAAAGAGACCGAAGAUUUUCCUGGGAAUGCUGCUGCUUCCUCAUUAAUUUAUCGUCACUUAAACGGCCAUGGAGAUAACUCUUCCAUCUCCUUGGAUGCAAAGUUCCAGGAGCUUGUAAGAGAAAUUUGUGCAUGGAGAGACUUAAUGGCACGGAUUCAUGAUGAAAGCACACGAUAUGUGUUGUCUGACCAAGCUGUUAUUGCUCUUGCUUCGAAGCAGCCAGCUACAUCUGAUGAAAUACAUGAUUCUAUAGCUCAAGCUGAUUUGGCUACAGAGUCUUCUCCAUCUGCUGUUAUUUGUAGUCAUCUGGAUGAUGUUUAUCAAAUGAUUCAACACAAGUUGGGUAAGCUUGAUGUUAUCUUACCACUAGUCCUCGAGAAAUGCUUGGGAACAGAUGGAACCUGCCCAAUCUCUGUCUUCAACUACUCACUCUUGGUCAACUUCACCACAAAGCUAACUCCCCGCUCUGCUCUCAAGAAAAACGGACAUAAGAACCUAAAGAGAUUCACUCGGAAGACAUCAAGAGAUCUCUUCGUCAAGAAAUUCUCCUGCAAAGCUCCUGUUUACCACAACUGCAGAAUCUACGCAAACGAUGGACGGCUGCUGUGCUACUGCGAUAGAAGAAAGCUAGAAUGGUAUAUGAGUCGUGGCCUCGCGAAGCUAGUGGAAGAAGAUCCGCUUGCGAUAAUGCUUUUGUUUGAACCUAAAGGACGUCCUGAAGAUGAAGGGAAUGAUUUUUACAUCCAGAGCAAGAAAAACAUAUGCGUUGGAUGCGGUGAAGGGAAUCACUAUCUGCGUUACCGUAUAAUACCUUCUUGCUACAGAGUUCAUUUUCCUGAGCAUUUGAAGAGUCACAGGUCUCAUGAUAUAGUUCUGCUUUGUGUGGAUUGUCAUGAAGUUGCGCAUGCUGCUGCAGAGAGGUACAAGAAAGAAGUUGCUUCAGAGUUUGGGAUCCCUCUUUUUGUUAAAAGAGUUCUAGAUUCAAAAGAAGCACAAGGGACAUCAUCUUCAGUGGAGCGUGAAUCAACAGAAGAUGCAGGUGUGUCUCCGUUACAUCUUAGAACAGCUGCAAUGGCGCUGUUGAGACAUGGGAACAGAAUGCCAUCUAGUCGCCGUGAGGAGUUGUUGCAGACUGUGAAGUUGUAUUACGGUGGAAGAGACAUAUCUGAAGAAGAUUUGGAAAAAGCUUUACUCAUUGGGAUGAGCCCUCACGAGAGAAGAAGACUCGAAAGAAAGAAAGGUGUCUCUCUCAAACAAGAAAACAGUAACAAUGGUUCAGUAGAAGGAUAUAGUGAGGAAGCUCCUCCUGGAGGUGAUAUGAAUGGAGAAAUUAGCGUAGUUGGUGAUGAUAGUGGAGGAGAUGGAGUUCCAGAGCUAAAUGAUACUCAAUGUAAUGGAAAUAUAUUGCACCAACAGAACUCGAAGCUCUCUUUGCUAGGACAUGGACCGCACGGGAAACAGGUUGUGGAGUAUCUUUUAAAGGAGCAUGGCGAAGACGGUGUUCGGGAUUUCUGUCAAAGAUGGAGAAAAGUGUUUGUUGAUGCUCUUCAUCCUCGUCAUUUGCCUGGUGGCUGGGAUGUUACUCACAGUGGACGAAGAGACUUUGGAGAAUUCAGCGUUUAUAAUCCAACAAAGAAAGUCUCCACCGGGUAACGCAACCUUUGUAUCUUUGUCUGUUUUCUGCUUACGUCUAUGUUCUUUUGCCAGUUUCGUUGUCAUCAACCAUGAAACGAGUCUAUUCAGUUGUUUGUUGUAUUCUUUUGUAGACCUCUCUGUAUUCUUUGUUUCUAGUUAACAGUCUGUUUAUUUUGAGGCUGUUAGCGUGAUUUUACCUUGCUAAUAAGAGAUAGUUCAAGAAACAAAAGAUACAUUAACAUCAA